AUGUCAAAGGCCCACGAAGUCCUAAAGGGAGUAGGGUAUGGCUUGUGGUACUCGCAGCACCAUAUUAUCCAUUCCUUUGUUAUUAUACCCUUUGGUAUCAUUGUUUUAUUUGCAAUUCUUUAUGGGUUCAAUGUUCUUCUCGCUGACGUUUUCAAAAUCCAAUUUCCGGCGUCGGUGCUCGGCAUGUUGAUCAAUUUGCUUGUUUUGUGUGCCUUAGGCUCACUUUCGUCGUUAGCGGCUCAAAAAUCAGGGCCGAACCCCACCUGGAAAACAAAAAUCGGCCUCCUGGCGCAGUGGAUAUUAGAACACUACCUCACAAUCAUUAAGCCGUCCAUGAACUUCAGCUUGAAAUGGAUUAAUGUGUUUUUCAUCCCCUCCUUCAUCAUUUUACCCUUAAGUGAUCACAUCACUUUCAUCGAAUGUUUGAAAAUCGCUGCGGUGUUUGUCAUUGGCGGAAUCUUUUUGAUGGUGUUUGAUGUGUACUUAAUCCUCGGUUUGAAAUUCAUCUUGAAGAAGAUAGGUAUUUACUCGUUUGAUCUUGACAAAUCAGAGAGUGCAGUCUCCGAAGAUGAGGAGGAUGACGAAGAAUUGGAGCUUUUCAACUUGAACAAGCCAUACACUUCCACAAGAGACGACAUUACUACUAUCGACAUGUCGUCACUACGGGCAACGAAAACCGAACCUGCUACUAAAACUCGGUCCUUGUCUGUUUCUGAGAAUCCUUUCUCUGACCAGAAUAAUGCUGACCCGGCGAUCAGAAGAAUCUCAACAUCAGCGGGUGUGGUACCUAAUCCAUCUGAAAGUGCUUCUAAUCAAACAAAUGUAUUUUCAUCGGAACACUCCCCUGCCAACCCAUCCCCACCUCCUUCGGAAUCCAUUGCGCCCGCUUCUUCUAAGGAUGAGAAUGCUCAUCUUUCUCAUCUUUCACCACUUUCUCAGAAGACCACCAUUUUCGUAGCGAACUACAUUGACUGGUUCCUUUAUUUAUUGUUAUUUUUCGUGUCCUUGCCCUUUUACUAUGUAUCAAGCAUACAUGUCAUGCUUCCAUAUCACUUGGGUUUAACGGUCAUCGCAUAUUACUUAGCAUUACUUAUUCCCAUGAAAUUUCCUAAGCUGAAAAAGUUUGCACAUCCGAUCUUGAUUCUGACGGCAGAAAUCCUAUUCGUUUGCUUCAUUGGUUCCCUAAUUUACCACAAAGGAUCACCCAAAGGGUUUCUUGACGACUUGCGAUUCUACAAAACAGGAAAAAAUUAUCUUAACCUUUUCAGUGGAAAAGCAUUGUAUGAUAAUGGUGAAAAGGUGCCCCAAAAAUUUCUUGAUGAGCAUUUUACUUCUGAGCCACUUUGGCCCGGAUGUGGUGACAUUUUAUCCUCUCUCAUGGACAUCUCCAUUGUCUCGUUAUCGUUACCUAUGUUUACGCACAAGAAGGACUUCAUCAAGAACUUUUGGGUCUUGAUGCCACCUCUCUUGAUUUCCAUGGUGCUCACCUUUUUCUGUUACCCAAUCAUUUGCUUCAAAAUCGGAAUCAGUUCUGAACGCUCCAUCGGCUUUAUCGGCAGGCUGGUCACUUUGGCCUUAGGAACCCCGUUGAUCGGCGCACUUGGAGGAUCUGUUGCCUUGAUGGCUGUUUGUACGAUUCUUAGUGGUAUUUGUGGCGUGUUGAUUGGCGAUGCUUUCUUCAAUCUUCUCCGGGUUCCUUCCAAUGAUUUUGUGACCAGAGGUGUUACCUUGGGUAUUAAUUGCGGAGCAAUUGCCACGGCGCAUUUACUUAAUGUUGACCCAAGAGCUGCUUCGAUGAGCUCUUUGAGUUUCAGUGUCUUUGGUACCAUCAUGAUUAUCUUGGCCAGUAUUGGUGCUGUGCGUGAUUUGAUUCGAAGCUGGGCUGGUCUUUGA